AUGGGGCCUCAGGAAAGUCCGUUCAAACCCAAUGUUCUCCAAGGGAAAGUCGUUUUGAUCACGGGUGGUGGUUCAGGAAUAGGCUUGGAAAUCUCCAGGCAGUUCGGCAGGCACGGCGCUAGGCUCGCGAUUAUGGGUCGGAGGGAGGCGGUGCUAAAAGCAGCAGCAGACGAGCUCGCCAAGGAGGGAAUCGAGGCCUUGCCUGUCAUGGGCGAUGUGAGGCGAAAGGAGGACGCACACAGCGUUGUGGCUGCUACAGUGGAGAGAUACGGCCGCCUGGACGUUCUCAUCAAUGGCGCGGCUGGAAACUUCCUGGCAGCUGCGGAAGACCUAUCUGUGAACGGCUUUCGAACAGUCCUAGACAUAGACGCAGUGGGCACGUUCAACAUGUGUCUGGCUGCUAGACCGUUCUUGCAGAGGGGGGCGCGUGGUAGAGAGAAGGAGGAGGGCGGCGGAUCCAUUAUAAACAUCAGCGCUACUCUGCAUUACACUGCUGCGUGGUACCAAGUGCACGUCAUGGCUGCUAAGGCAGCAGUGGAUGCCACCACACGCUCCUUAGCCCUGGAGUGGGCCACAGACUACGGCAUCCGAACCAACGCGAUAGCUCCGGGGCCGAUAGGCUCGACGCCAGGCAUGGCGAAGCUGGCGCCGUCCGAGCUGGGCAUCGAUGCCGGGGAGCUCAACCCCAUGCAGAGGAUGGGGGAUGUGUGGGACAUCGCCAUGGCUGCCGUCUACCUCACUGCUGAUACAGGGAAGUAUGUGAACGGAGCAACCUUGGUGGUGGAUGGAGGGGGUUGGCUGUACCGGCCGCGUGUGUUUGACAAGGAGGUCAUCCGGGAGGUGUCGCGCGCCGUGGAGCGCCGUUCUAGACAGGCUGCAUCUGGGGCAGGCGCAUCUGAUGGAGCCAAUGACGCCAGAACGACGACGAGACCUUCUGGAGCCAUGGCUGCGACUCUCCAGAUCCUCGUUCUCGCGUCGCUCGCCCUUCUCAGGCCUUGCUGGCUCUAUUCUCCCUACAUUCUCGCGUGCUGCUGGUGGCUCGCGACUAGACCUCGCCUGUUAGACCUACGGCCAUUGAGGCGUCGUGCUCUACUGCGCGCCUACGUUGCUCUGCACAUCCUCGCCCUCAUUCUCUUCCAGCUGCCUCUCUCGCAGCACUGGCCGCCCUUCGAGCAGUGGGGCCAGACACUUGGCCUCUUCCGAUUGGACGUGAGGGAGAUUCUGGAUCGGCGGCAAUUGCUGCAUGUGCUGGAAACGGCUCUCCUGCUCUCCGCCUUCGCACUGCUGUCUUCCCAUCGCUCCCUCUCUUCCUCCCAUCAUUCUUCCCGCACUCGGCCCUCCUCCCGCCCACCCUCGUCCCAAGCUCCACGCCCACACCUGCACCCAACCCCCAGCCUCUUCCCCCAAGGUUCCUCCCAAGCCUCCGCCUGGCUCGGGCCGAGCCUGCCUCUUCUAGCCUCGGAAGCAUCCCAGAUUCUGUAUCAGGUGAUUGAGGAGGAAGAGGAGGGGGAGGGGGAGGAUGCGGUUGGGGAGGACAAGGGGGAGGGCGGGGGAGGGGAAUGGGAGCUGGAGCAACAAGAGGAGGAGGCUGCAAGACUGUUAGCAGCUAGAGUGAGAGGGACUGGUGUGGGAGGUGUGCAGUGGAGAGGGGGGGCACAGGCGAGGAGUGGGGUUGAGAACAGGGAGCAGCAGAGAGGAGAGAAAGGGAGGACUUGGACGGGAGAGCGGGAUGUGCCACUGAGGCGACUGGGAGCAGGCAGUGCGUCAAGAGGAGAGGAGUUGGUGGGGGGAGGAGGUGCAGAUACGGAAGUUGAUGACAAUGGGAAGAGGCUCAGACGCCAGUUUACUGCCUUGUCCUGGUCACCCGCAUCUCAACGCCUCUGCGCCACCCUGGUCGUUUUCGGCCCUGCAAUCUGCACGGCAUCGCUUCAUCCUACCUCGUUAAUAUCACUCCUGCUCCACUCCCCCUUGCCACCAUAUGCGAAACCAUUGGGCUGCUUCGCUUCCCCAAUCCAUCCCUCCCACUCGCUCUCCACUUCACCACGGCUCUCCUCCUCACAGCCUACAAGCAGCAACGGGGAAUCUAUGCCAGAGCCAGCAGCAGAGCAGGACAGCAACGAACUGGCAGCGGCAGGGGAUGAUGGGUGGCGGUGUUUUGUGCUCUCCUUCUCCCUCUGGGCUGCCCGCUUGCUCGCCUUCUCUGCCUUUGUUCUCCUCGUGCUCGUCCACGCUGCUGACAAGCUCGCCCUCCUGCGCGCCCCCUAUGGUACGUAG